CCGCCCUCCCGGGGUCCCUCCCAACGCCGCCACCUCGGAAGCGAGUCAUGGGAGCGGCAGUGGCGGCCGCGUGGCUGCUCCUUUGGGCCGCGGCCUUCGCGCGGGAACAGGACUUCUACAGCUUCAAAGCCGUCAACAUCCGGGGCAAGCUGGUGUCCCUGGAGAAGUACCGGGGUUCGGUGUCCCUGGUGGUGAAUGUGGCUAGCGAGUGUGGCUUCACAGACCAACACUACAGAGCACUGCAGCAGCUACAGCGGGACCUGGGGCCCCACCACUUCAAUGUGCUCGCCUUCCCUUGCAACCAGUUUGGCCAGCAGGAACCUGACAGCAACAAGGAAAUUGAGAGCUUUGCCCGCCGCACCUACAGUGUCUCUUUCCCCAUGUUUAGCAAGGUUGCAGUCACUGGCACUGGAGCCCAUCCUGCCUUCAAGUACCUGACCCAGACUUCUGGAAAGGAACCCACCUGGAAUUUCUGGAAGUACCUAGUGACCCCAGAUGGAAAAGUGGCAGGAGCUUGGGACCCAACUGUAUCAGUGGAGGAGGUCAGACCCCAGAUCACAGCGCUUGUGAGGAAGCUCAUCCUGAAGAAGCGAGAAGACUUGUAACCACUUUUGCCUCCAGCUCCCCCCUGCCAGCACCUCCACCCCCAUUCCUCCCCCACUUUACAUGAGUGACCAAAGCAAAUGCCAAUGGUGCCUAGAAAGGAGAGGCUAUUAACUCUCCGGCUCGGUUCUUAGCCUACCUAACCCAUCACUCCUGGGAGGAGGGAGUUCUACUAUUUAGGUUAUUUGAAUCUCAAAACAACUGACCUAUAGUAAUGUCUGAACAGUGAGUGCCCUUGACCAGUGGAUCGCCAACCAAUAAGAACCUCUAGCUCAUGGAAACAUGUGACAAAUAGAAAUAAAUCAAGUAUUACCCUUC